CCCACCAAAAAAAACAAGAAUCUGAAUAAACUUGAAUCUUCUCUCCAUGCAAGUUUCGAGCGGUAGCAAUCCAACGACCGAGACGGGGACGACAGAGAAGGAGGAAGGGAAGAAGAGGGAGGUGGAGAAGAAGAACAAUAUGGCAGAAGAUCAAACAUUAUUGCCUCCAGGGUUUAGGUUUCAUCCUUCUGAUGAAGAGUUGAUCACUUUUUAUCUCUUGAAUAAGAUUUCAGAUGCUAACUUUACUGGAAGGGCCAUUACUGAUGUUGAUCUCAACAAAUUUGAACCUUGGGAACUUCCAGGGAAGGCAAAAAUGGGAGAAAAAGAGUGGUAUUUCUUCAGCCUAAGAGACAGAAAAUACCCUACUGGAGUGAGAACAAAUAGAGCGACAAACACAGGGUAUUGGAAAACCACUGGAAAAGACAAAGAAAUUUUCAAUAGCAAUACUUCAGAGUUGGUUGGUAUGAAGAAGACAUUAGUGUUCUACAAAGGAAGAGCCCCAAGAGGAGAAAAAACUAAUUGGGUUAUGCAUGAAUAUCGACUUCACUCUAAAACGGCCUUUCGAACUGCCAAGGACGAAUGGGUGGUUUGCCGCGUAUUUCAAAAGAGUGCUGGAGCCAAGAAGUAUCCUCCAAACCAAUCAAGAGCAGUGAAUCCCUAUGCCAACUUUGAAAUAGCCCCCCCUAUUCUUCAACCACCAAUCAUGCAGCUGGGAGAUCCUGCUGCUCAAUAUGGCUACGGAAGAAACUACAUCACCGGUGCAGAGCUCGCUGAGCUCAACCGAGUCCUGAGGGCCGGUGGUGGGGGCUGUGGCAGUGGAGGAUCAACUACUCAUGGUAUCAACUUAUCGAUGCAGCCCCAGUUUAACUACCCACCUGCAGGAGGUUGCUUCACGAUAUCUGGGUUGAACUUGAACCUCGGAGGAGCUGCACCGCAGCCAGUUUUGCGGUCGAUGCCACCACCAGUGGUGGCAGCAACGACUAUUGGCCAACAAGAUAUCGCUUCGUCUAUGAUUGCAAGUACGAUGGCUCCUGAGACCGCCUAUGGGACAGAGAUCAACAACAAUCCCAAUGGAUCUAGCAACAGAUUUAUGAACGUGGAUCACUGCAUGGACCUGGAGAAUUACUGGCCUAACUUCUAAGAGAUGCCAAGGAUACGCAUACAUUUCUCAGUAAAAACUGAAGAAGUUGCUGCAGUCAUAGAGAUAGUUCUCCUCUCCUUCACGAAACCGUCACCUUUCUUCGUCAAUAUGUACUGUUUAACUCCGGAAUUGGAAUCUAAUAGUAUAAGCAAGCAGUCAGUCCACCUCUUUUUCGAUUAACUAUAUCUAUAAUCGAUUAUAGGUUCGACUUUACAUCAAACUUUAUUCCUUUUGGAACUUUCAUCAAAACAGCAAGCGAACUUGAACAGUGCCGAGUAACAAGAGAUGAAAAUUCAAAAUGGUUUAUUUUUCAUAAUUUACAAAGAAGAAAGUAAGGUACAAAUUCAAAACAUUGAAAACGAAGUAUAACUUCAACUUCUAAACUUCCGGGGUAUUAGUAUCCAGGACAUCUAACAACCAAGACUAGGUCAUGAAACUGCCAGAGCUUCCAAAAAAAAAUGUCCUUACAGUUCCAGAUUUCUAGAGAAUUUUGCAAGCAGAAGAUGUGCCGUCCACCUG